UUCGGCAUAUGUGGCCCGUGGAGUUGGAGGACUUAGUUCCUUUGCUUGCGUUUGGACUUUUGGGAAUUUGAGGCUUGGGACAGGAAGCGGGAGCUUGCUUGUGGGUCGGUUUCGCAAGUGUGGCUAGCGCUCCAGCAGCGACUUUGUAGUUUGGAUGUUUCAGAGCUGGGGGAAGCAGCUGAGUGAGCCCCGCCUGGCGCAGGGUUUCUGGCUUUCGCUAUAACCUUCAGUCCGCAGGUUGAAGAGGAAGACUAUGUAGGGGAGUUCGAAGGUUUUAGGAACUCAGGCUGAAAAGGUAUAGUUUGGCAGUGGGACCUCCUAAGAAAGACCCAAAAGUUAAAGGUGUCCAAUCAGCAGCUGUACAAGCGUUUCUUAGAAGGAAAGAAGAGGAGCUCAGGCAAAAAGCCUUAGAAGAAAAAAGGAGAAAAGAAGAACUAGUGAAAAAACGAAUUGAGCUCAAACAUGACAAGAAAGCAAGAGCUAUGGCCAAGAGGACAAAGGAUAAUUUCCAUGGUUACAAUGGGAUUCCUGUUGAAGAGAAAUCAAAGAGGAGGCAGGCAAUGGAAAGCCACACCAGCCAGGGAACAGACCAAGAGUACGCGAUGGAAGAAGAGGAUGAAUUCUUGGAAUACAAUCAGGGAGAGUCGGAGCCCGAGUAUGAGGAGGAACAAGAGCCUCCUAAAGCAGAAAGCAAACCAAAGGUCCCCCUUAAAAGUGCCCCACCACCAAUGAACUUCACUGAUUUACUGAGGCUGGCUGAGAAAAAGCAAUUUGAACCAGUGGAGAUCAAGGUGGUAAAGAAAACAGAAGAGCGACCUCUGACUGCACAAGAACUUAAGGAGCGAGAAUUUCUUGAACGAAAGCAUAGGAAAAAGAAACCGGAGUCAGACACAAAACUACCUCCAACUGUAUCUAAAAAGGCACCCUCUCAGAAAGAAGGUGUGGGCACAAAACUUCACAAAGUUCCUGGGGACAGACAUCCUUCUUCCAGAGGAAUGCCCUUGCCUCAUACUGAGAAGAAAUCCAGACCUAGUGCAGCCAGUGAGAAACAUUUAGCUUUGUCUGCAUCCAAAUCUGUAGCAGGAGAGAGGACCAAGGCAGGGUCUGGCAGUAGCUCCCAACCUUCUCUUCAUGAGGGUCAUGACAAACCUGUUUUCAAUGGGACCAGGAAGCCCCAUUCCAGCACCUAUUCACCAAGUGUCCCAAAGACUUCUGCUAGUGGGACUCAGAAAUCUGCUGAGCACAAAGCCAAAAAAUUUCCUCCUUCCCAUCCUAGCCAUUCCAAACCUGGGCCCACAGUCACUCCCCAGAGUAAAGCUAAAGGUCCAGGGAUGAGGCAGCCAGGCAGCACCUCCAGCUUAGCCCCCGGGCGGCCCAGUCCAGGGAAUGCUCGACCCACACUUAGUUCUGGCCCUGUCCCCAGACGCCAGAAUGGCAGCUCCAGCUGGGCGCCUGAGUCAGUCAGUGGGACUAAAAAGCUGUCCAGUGACUCAAAUCCCUCUGGGCGGACAGUUAGUGGUACAAGUGGCCCUGGGCGACCUGCAAGCAGUGCAAGUGGCCCUGGGCGACCUGCAAGCAGUGCAAGUGGCCCUGGACGACCCAUCAGUGGCUCGGGCAGUUUCAGGAGACCUGUGGGCAGCUCUGGAGGCCAUGGGCGGCCUGUAAGCAGUUCACUUGAUCGAAGACCUGUAAGUGGCUUGGGGCCCCCUGGACGGCCAGCCAGUGGCCCUGGACGAUCUGUUAGUGGUUCAGUUCCUGCUGCACGGACUGUUCAUAGUUCAGGCCUGGGACGACCAGCAAGCAGCUUAGGACCUGGCCGAACAGUUAGCCCAGGUCCCCCCGUAAGGCCCAAGUGUACUGUUGUCUCAGAAACAAUUUCAUCCAAGAAUAUUAUUAGCCGGUUCAGCAAUGGACAGAUGAAUGGAAUGAAACCUACUCUAUCAGGCUGCAGAUCUGCCCAAGGUCCUCCAAGGCUUCCCUUGCCUACUGGCUACAAAAGGCAGCGAGAGUAUGAAGAGGAAGAUGAUGAUGAUGAAUAUGACUCUGAAAUGGAUGAUUUUAUUGAAGACGAAGGAGAACCUCAGGAAGAAAUAUCGAAGCACAUUCGAGAAAUUUUUGGCUAUGACCGGAAAAAGUACAAAGAUGAAAGUGAUUAUGCCUUACGUUACAUGGAGAGUAGCUGGAAGGAGCAGCAAAAAGAAGAAGCAAAGAGUUUAAGACUAGGUAUGCAAGAGGACUUAGAAGAAAUGCGGCGGGAAGAAGAAGAAAUGAAACGUCGAAAGGCCAAGAAGCUGAAGAGACGUUAGCUGCUGCUUUUUUAUUUUUGUGAAAUUCUGGGAUCACUGCUGCAAGGAUUUCCUGCCUUCAGACUGAAUGAAGUCCCCUUAUCGUUUUAGAUUUAUACUUGAGUACUCAAGGAAAAGGAAUGCAUAUUGUCAUUUGCAGGCUGUCAUUUGAGCAGGAUGUAUUUCAAAUACUCAGAGUGAAAUCUCUAGUGCAGAUGAUGUCAUGCCCACUGCGUGCCCCUAUGAAGUGAACUGUCCACAGAUGCCAGCCUUGAUCCUGAUGAGCUAUGCACUCUAAUGCAGGGCCACUCACCAGUCAGCCAGUCUUUUGUUGUUCCUUUGUUUCCUUAAAAGGAAAAAAAAAAAUUGUCUCUUGACUCAUAAUUCUGCUGAUGUGAGUAGGACACCUCUCAACUCCCAAAUUUAACUUCUUUGUGAGAAAACUGGCCCUUCAAUGAACGUUGCCAGCAAUAAAGUGACCUGUGCUAAGCUAUAUGUUUGGAUUAUGAAAUCUAAAAUGUAGAGUAUGCUUUAAAUUAUCACAUGGAUGUCAUCCUUGUGACUUUGAAGUACAAAAUGCAGUGAGAAUACUAUUACUGUAUUCUACAUUAUUCUGGAUUGGAUGCUGAGCAUUCUUGUUUAUAUAGGUGAUUAGGCAAUUUAAAAUUUUUUUCCACAGUAAAAUACAAAUUGUGCCAGUAUAAGAAUAUUCUGAGUUUUCCAAUUUACUGUUAAGUUUACUUUAGUGUAAAACAGACAAGGUCACUGUGCUGAUCUUAAAAAAUUCAUUUUUAUAUUUAAAGAAAAGUAUUUUAUUCAAAUAUUAGAUUUAAAAUAAUAAUAGUUUGAAAAUAAGGAAGUGACAUGUGAGACUCCUCUCCACCUUACUCUUCUUCCCAAUCACAAAAAUAUUUUGGAAUCCCAAGGUACCCUUGUGCCUCUUGAUAUUAAUGACUUUGCAUUUUUAGCUUAAAUUCCUUAGCUAAUAUUAAUAGCAAAAAACCAAAAACUAAAUCUGUGUGUAUUAGGAGCAACACCUUCUCUUUUUGCCCACAUUGCACUUUGAUUCCAAACUAUGCACUGUGAAGAGCUCAUCCCCUCCCCCAUGGUGGACCAGGUGAGGUGUCCCUGGAGGUGUUCUCCUGGGCUGUGGAACUUUCUUCGUCUUCACCCUGCUGUAAGUCAUCCCUAUAGACUUCACAUCACGUAAGCCUCCACUCCAAACAUUCCAGUCAGGCUAACCAAGGAUCUGGCUCAGAGAAACCAAGUCACAAGAACAGUCAGCAGCAGAAGCAUCGUGCUGCGUUGAUGCUAGAGAACACUUGUCAUUGACUCUUACAUGUGGAGGGCUUGGAGGCAGGCUGAAUUAAGCUCAUUACGACAAUUCUGCAGUAACUGUUCUGGGUAUCUUAAGCCAUUGAAUGGGAAAUAGGAAUAAGGGAGGUUGCCCUAAGAAUCCUUAUGGUUCACCAGGCCUGGCAUUUUUGUGUAUUCUUUUUUACCAUAAAGCCUUUUUCAAGUUUGGGAAUGCAGAUUACCAUUAUCAGCCCCCUUUAAUGGGACCAUCUGACCCAGUCCUUAAAGACUGAUUCAUUUAGAAUUUAGAAUUUUGAGCUAUUACCACUCAGACUUUGAAAGUGCAAGGAUUUAAAGUUGAAACCUAUGAAAUAUAUCUUCAUUCAUUAGAAAUAACACUCUGAACUCUUCACAGAGAUGUUUCACUGGUAGCAGAAAACCCCAUCAACUUCUCACCCAUCAGUGAAAAUGAUUCAAGGAUAGUGUAAUAGUUCAUUUAAUAAAAUAGGUGUGGAACAUUAUUUUCUUUGUCAUCACUUAUGUGCCCCCACUAAACAAUUUUUCUUGGGUAUAUAUUUUUUUAGUAUUCAGACCCUGAAAUUAAUUACAAUCCAAUCCUUAGCAAAGCUGAAAGAUUCCUGGUGGCUUACAAGCUGACUAGCUGUUAAUGAUUCCGUGCAGUGAUUUGUACAGAAAAGAACCAUUGUACUCGAGUCCCAGAAGUUCCAGAACUUGGUUGGAAGAGUCAAGUCGUAAUGUGUAUCACUUCUCAGUACAUUUCAUAUAUGAGUGAUGACAUUGACAAGAAUGUCUCGUGGCUUAUUAAAAAAAGAAAAAAGACUUUGUUUUAUUCUUGGCCUUGUUUCCAAAUCUUGUCUUCCAUUUCAUUGUUCUGCACUUCCUGACCACUCUUAAGAAAAAAUCACUAGCCUUUGAAGAAACUGGAAUAGGCUGUUAUUUAUCAAAGUUUACAAAUUAAGUGCUUGAUUUUUAAUGUAUUCUCCAUGUUUUGAUUUUCAGAUUUUCUUUUUUUUUUUUUCCUUUUUAUUGGUACCAGGGAUCCAACUCACGACUGCCUGCUUUUACAAGGCAGGUGUUUAUGCCGCUGAGCUAAAUCCCCAGCCCCUCAGAUUUUCUUAAUAUUUGAAGAUGUGCCUUUUAUUGGGUAAUGUUAAUUCACGAAUGUAGUCAUGUGAUUUCAUAGUUGUAAUGUUACAUGAUCGUGGGUGUGGCAUUCUCUAACACGAUGUGAAAGGAAAGUAGUUUUCAUAAAACAGCUCUGAUUGCACAGCCCUAGUGGCUUUUGAUGUUGCUGUGUUAAAGCAAAGGGCACUUUCUUUCAAAGCUACUUUCAGAACUUGUCUUUGUAUUUUCUCUAAGCUAUAAAUGCAGUUAUGUCCAUUUGGAGGCCAGGGUACCACAUGUCACAGGCGGCCUUACAUGUGUGCCGUGAGAAAGUUCAAAGACUGUUGACAAAAAUGAAAGUCUGUGGGAAGUCAAAAUUUCAUUUUUUAAAUGGUAUCCCCAAGAUUUUCUCCAAGAAAUAAAUUGUUAUUUUGUAUUUUAUAACUCAAAAGCAGCUAUUAGUACAUUUCUGAGAUUAUAGCAGGAGACCAAAACAUUUUUGGAAAGAGAAUAAAUAUAUGAAGAGAGACUGGUGGUUUUAUUUUCAGUGUGCUGAAUAUAUUAGACUACUAUUUAUUUUGUGAGUGGAUGUGAUGAAAUAAAUAUUCAGGUGUUUAGUGUAUAAUUAAUGGAAUAUAGAUUUCUUUGGAGUUAUUAAAUCCAUCAUGUCUUACAUAAUGGACAAAUCAAAUUUAAAAGAACUUUACAUAGCUUAGCUUGUUUUUUGGUGCUGUUGACCUGCAAGAGAAUAUACUUUUGCAUAUACAGGUGAAUGUUUUACAAUUUAUGUAUACAAAAAAUUGUAGGCAUUAAAAUAUUUUAUUGAUAUUUUUA